AUAAGUAUGGCCGCCAUGAAUAUUAAAGCGCCGCCGCGGCUAGUUUCCUACGCUCUGCUAUUAUUUUUAAUCUUCCUCGUCUUCUUCGUAGUAACGGUGGAGCCAGCCAGAAAUUAUGAAGGGAAGAAGAAAGCAUUUUGGGAAUUGGCGGUGCUUAAGAUGGAGGUGUCACGACCUUACUCUCGAUCGUGCGGCCCUAGCUCUCAAUUCCGUUAGAGCGCUAGGCAGCCUUUCUCUCAACUCACUUGAAAGCAAAGAACAAGAACUCAAGACAAAGGAUUGGGAGAACUCUCUAGUGUGUAUUACUCUAAAAAAUGAUGGAAUGAGUUACAAGUGAGGGAGAUGGCUCCUUAUAUAGGCCUCUCCUCAUACAAGGCAUCAAUGCCCCUCAUAAUGUCCCUCUACUACAUCAAUACACCCAUUAAGUCCCCC